GUACGGUACAACACAAAGGUUUUCCACUUUCCUCUCAUUUCUUCUGUAUUAUCCUUUUCAAUCGUCAAUAUGAUUUUUCCGAAGAUCAAAUCGUACUUCAAAUCUUAAAUCCCGUGUAGUUUAGAAGGCAUGGUUGACUGCUCCAUAGAAGAUGGAACUCAAUGGUAGCAGUUCAAAUGCCCAUCAGAAUCACUCUUCAGAGGGUUCACGUGAUGCUAGCAAAGAGAAGUCCACUGAGAAAGAAGUCUUUGUAAACCAUGCUGAGAUAGCUUGGCAUCAAAGGAGGAAAGAAUGGGUUGGUAAUCAGUCUAAAAAAUUGGAAAGACCACCUAAAGAUCCAAUUGUGAGUUUGGCAACAAGCUAUGAGGAUCUGCUUUUAUCUACUGAACCUUUUCAACAACCAAUACCAUUAGCUGAGAUGGUGGAUUUUUUAGUGGACUCUUGGCAUGAGGAAGGUCUCUAUGAUUAGAUGACAGGUAAUUCUAUUGUAAAUUUCAGCAAGAAUCUUGCCCGGUUUUGUUUGUGCAGAUUGAUGCUGAGGCAAACUCAUUGGUGGACAGACCAUUUACCUUAGGAUCGAUUAAAUUUUAGUGUAGUUGAUUCCCUUGGAAAUACAAACAAACUUCAUUGCAAUUUACAUCUGAAAUACCUAAAGAUCUAUAAAUCAUAUUGUGGCUAAUGCUGUUAAGAAUUUAACUAUCAAACCAAAAUUUUGUAGCAGAACGGAUUCUUCAUGUUGUUGACU